AUGGAGAAGGGCCUGGACACGGCGGCGACGAAGCGAGGAUCCGAGGCCGAGGCGGAGGAGCCGGGGCGGAAGAAGGCGGCGGGGGCGACCAAGACGGCGAAGGUGGUGCCGUGGCUGAUGGAUUCGUUCGACCAGAUGUUCGACGAGGUGAGGCUGAAGCAUGCGCUGGCGAGGCUGAACAAGGCGAACCCCGGCGCGCCGCCGGUCGUGCCGGAGGAGCUCACCGAGGAGAGGCGGGCGGCGCUGCUGCAGGAAGAUACGGAGUGGAGGAACAGCAUGAAGGAGGAGGAGCUCGCGGCCGCGCGGAGAUACGUGGCGGAGCAAGCCCGGGCGCCACCGUCGCCGGAGGAACCCACCGACCCCAGCAAGGACAGGUGGCAGCUGGAUUAUGACCUUGGCCGCCAGGAAUUGGAAAUGAAACUGGCAAAAUGGGAGGACUUCGAGGGCUUCGACUUCGAGCGCAACACGCUUAUCCCUCCCAUGUGUUUCACCGACAACCCAAUGCCUGAUGACACCGACCACAGGCUUACUGUGCAGAUCUUUACCGUCAAGGUAGCGGGAAUAGAUGGGGAUUUGCAGUGGCCUCUGGAUGUGUUUGGUAUGGUCGCUGUGCGCGACAAGCUGGAUUACAGUCGCAAUGUUAUCUUCAACCGCACGAGGGACAACUGCCAAACCCUCACUCAACAGGAUCCAUAUUUGGUACUGGUAGGUCCUACCCGUGCUGUGCUCUAUAGUGGGUAUGUGUACUUUGAUGCCAUGCUGAAAGUGAAGGGAAGGACAGAAUUUGAGGACACUGAUCUAAGCCUUGUAUUUGAGCGCUUCUUAUGCUGUGAAAAGCUCAAUUUAUGCGUAAGCUUUGGAGAGUGCAUGCUCCGUUCCUGCGUGAGUAGCAGUCUCUACACCAGCAAGCUUAGUACAUUGGAGUUAACAUGUGGCCUCGUUGUGUCUUCUGUUGAGGCCACCAUCGCCGCGCAGAUCGUCAAGGGGUCAUGGCCAGAAGGGUCCCGAGGCCAGCUUACUGCCUGUAUCGGCAGUGUGGGUGACAUGAAUGUCAUGCUGCUCGACUCUAGAGAAGAGAAGUUGCCUGUUAUUGCUGCUGAUGGCACAAUUCAGCUCUCGCGCCGUGUUGUGUCUGUUGAGAGGUUUGGCCAACUGAUAGUCCGUGGCGUGGUGAAUCGAGGUGGUGGUGACCAUGACAAGGUUCUGGCAGAGGGUAAGGCAUCCUUUGCGCCUCUUGAUGCAGGUCGAAGCCGUGGUACGCUUGAUCUUAACGGCAUGUGUAAGCUGGAAAUCACUGUCGCCUGGUCUCUUAUCCUGAAGUACCCACCGGUUGGUGGUCUACCUCCAACCAGUUGA